CAAUGGAAACAGAGGUGGGUGGGACAACGCGCCGAGGGGGCGAAGUUGGUGAGCUUCCCGGUCGCUGCUCCCCAGGGAUCGCCGACCCCGACGCAGGGAUUUUGCAGGUGGACCAUGUGGACCCUGGUGAGCUGGGUGGCCUUAGUGACAGGGCUGGUGGCUGGAACACAGUGCCCAGACGGUCAGCUCUGCCCUGUGGCCUGCUGCCUGGACCUGAGAGGAGCUGCCUACAGCUGCUGCAGUCCCGUUCCGGACAAGUGGCCCACGGCGCUGAGCCGGCAUCUGGGCACACCGUGCCAGACCGACGCCCAUUGCUCUCCUGGCUACUCCUGCAUCCUCACUAUCUCGGGGACCUCCAGCUGCUGCCCGUUCCCAGAGGCCGUGUCAUGCGGGGAUGGCCACCACUGCUGCCCCCAGGGCUUCCACUGCAGUGCUGACGGGCGGUCCUGCUUCCAGAGGUCAGAUAUCGAGCCCUUGGGUGCCGUGCAGUGCCCCGACAGACAGUUCGAAUGCCCCGACUCCUCCACCUGCUGCAGUAUGCCUGAUGGCUCGUGGGGGUGCUGCCCUCUGCCCCAGGCUGCUUGCUGUGAAGACAAGGUGCACUGCUGCCCUCAGGGCACCUCCUGUGACCUGGCUCGUGGCCUCUGCCUCACGGCCACAGGCACCCACCCCCUGGCAGAGAAGAUCCCUGCCCAAAAGACUAAAAGGCCAGUGGUCUUGUGCCCGGAUGCACAGUCCCAGUGCCCUGGUGGUUCUACCUGCUGCAAGCUGCCCAGUGGAAAGUAUGGCUGCUGCCCGAUGCCCAGUGCCAUCUGCUGCUCCGACCACCUGCACUGCUGCCCCCAGGACACUGUGUGUGACCUGAUCCAGAGGAAGUGCCUCUCCAAGGAGAAUGCGACGGACCUGCUCAUCAAGCUGCCCGCACACACAGUGCGGGAGGUGAAGUGUGACAUGGAGGUGAGCUGCCCCGACGACUACACCUGCUGCCGCCUGCUGUCUGGGGCCUGGGGCUGCUGCCCUUUUGACCAGGCUGUGUGCUGUGAGGACCACGUGCACUGCUGCCCGGCCGGGUUCAGGUGCGACACAGAGAAGGGUACCUGUGAACAGGGUGCCCGCCGGGGGCCCUGGAUGAGGAAGGCCCCAGCCCACGCCAGCCUGCCGGACCCCCGAGCCGUGGAGAAUGAUGUCCCCUGUGAUAACGUCACCAGCUGUCCCUCCUUCAAUACCUGUUGUCGACUCACGUCUGGGGAGUGGGGCUGCUGUCCUGUCCCAGAGGCUGUCUGCUGCUCAGACCACCAGCACUGCUGCCCCCAGGGCUACACGUGUGUGGCCGGGGGACACUGUAAGAGGGGGAACAAGGUGGUGACCGGACUGGACAAGUUGCCUGCCCGCCAGGCUUCCCUGUCCCACUCCAGAGACAUGGGCUGUGACCAGCACACCAGCUGCCCGGUGGGGCAGACCUGCUGCCCGAGCCUGAGCGGGGGCUGGGCCUGCUGCCAGUUGCCACACGCCGUGUGCUGUGAGGACCGCCAGCACUGCUGCCCAGCUGGGUACACCUGCAACGUGAAGGCCCGAUCCUGCGAGAAGGAGGUGGACUCUGCCCGCCCUGCUGCCCACCUGGACCGCGGCCGGCACGUGGGUGUGGGGAACGUGGACUGUGGGAAGGGGCACUUCUGCCACGAUAACCAAACCUGCUGCCGAGACAGCCGAGGGGGCUGGGCCUGCUGUCCCUACCGCCAGGGCACGUGUUGUGCGGACAGGCGUCACUGCUGUCCCGCUGGCUUCCGCUGUGGGACCAAGGGCACCAAGUGUUUGCUCCGGGAAGCCCUGCGCUGGGACGCUCCUCAGAGGGACCUGGCCCCGAGGCAGCUGCUGUGAGGAGGGGCUGAGGACUGAAGACACUCCGCGGCCUUCGGGGCCCUGCUCAGACGGUGCCCACUGCUCAGGCCUCCCCAGCACCUCUCCACCGCCACAGUCUCCCAGACCCCCAUUUCUGAGUACCCCUGUCACCCUGGGAGGCGGGGCCUCAGUCUAAGGCCCUCCCUAUCCCAACGAGGGCUGUGGCAAAAGCCACGUUUCCAGCUGCCAUCCCCUCCCCCCAUUUCCGUGGACCCUGUAGACAGGUGCUGUUCCCUAUCCACAGGUGUGCAUGUGUGUGUGUGUGUGUGUGCACGCGCGCGUGCUGCAGUAAAGUUUGUACACUUUCUUAA